UCCUCCACACGGAUUUAUUGACCGCGCCACGUAGCAGUUUGCUUUGUUGCACGGCUCAUCAAGUCUAGCAUUGUCAGAGGUUUUGUUGUCCAUGAGCUGAUGCGUCCCUAACAGGUGAUCCGAGACAGUGCGCCUGUGAGAUAUGUACAGUGAAAUUGUGUGAGACGUUGUGUCAGGGACAUACAGGGACGCUGUGUGAGCGAAACCCAGUGAGGUUACGUUGGACGGGCAUUGGGGUUGUGUGAUGGACAUACAGUGAGACUGUGUGCGAGACAGUCAGUGAGGUUGUGUGAUGGACAUACAGUGAGACUGUGUGCGAGACAGUCAGUGAGGUUGUGUCAAAGGCGCACAUUCAGGUUGUGUUGGGGACAUGCAGUGAGACAGUAUGAGACGCACCAUGAGACGCACCAUGAGGUUGUGUAAGCGCACAUUAGCGUUGUGUCCGAGAUACACAGUGAGGCAGUGUCCGAGACAUACAGCGUGACAGUGUCAGAGACAUACAGCGUGACAGUGUCAGAGACAUACAGCGUGACAGUGUCAGAGACAUACAGCGUGACAGUUUCAGAGACAUACAGUGAGAGUGUCAGAGACAUACAGCGUGACAGUGUCGGAGACAUACAGUGACAGUGUCAGAGACAUACAGUGACAGUGUCAGAGACAUACAGCGUGACAGUGUCAGAGACAUACAGCGUGACAGUGUCAGAGACAUACAGUGACAGUGUCAGAGACAUACAGUGAGACAGUGUCAGAGACAUACAGCGUGACAGUGUCUGAGACAUACAGUGAGACAGUGUCAGAGACACACAGCGUGACAGUGUCAGAGACAUACAGUGAGAGUGUCAGAGACAUACAACGUGACAGUGUCAGAGACAUACAGUGAGACAGUGUCAGAGACAUACAGUGAGACAGUGUCAGAGACAUACAGCGUGACAGUGUCAGAGACAUACAGUGAGAGUGUCAGAGACAUACAGCGUGACAGUGUCAGAGACAUACAGUGACAGUGUCAGAGACACACAGUGACAUUGUCAGAGACACACAGUGACAUUGUCAGAGACACACAGUGACAGUGUCAGAGACAUACAGUGACAGGGUCAGAGACAUACAGCGUGACAGUGUCAGAGACAUACAGUGAGACAGUGUCAGAGACAUACAGCGAGACAGUGUCAGAGACAUACAGCGACAGUGUCAGAGACAUACAGCGUGACAGUGUCCGAGACAUACAGUGAGACAGUGUCAGAGACAUACAGUGACAGUGUCAGAGACAUACAGCGUGACAGUGUCUGAGACAUACAGUGAGACAGUGUCAGAGACACACAGUGACAUUGUCAGAGACAUACAGUGAGAGUGUCAGAGACAUACAGUGACAGGGUCAGAGACAUACAGUGAGAGUGUCAGAGACAAACAGUGAGGCAGUGUCUGAGACAUACAGUGAGACAGUGUCGGAGACAUACAGUGACAGUGUCAGAGACAUACAGCGUGACAGUGUCAGAGACAUACAGUGAGACAGUGUCGGAGACAUACAGUGACAGUGUCAGAGACAUACAGUGAGACAGUGUCGGAGACAUACAGUUAGGCAGUGUCAGAGACAUACAGUGAGACAGUGUCGGAGACAUACAGCGUGACAGUGUCAGAGACAUACAGCGUGACAGUGUCAGAGACAUACAGUGAGACAGUUUCGGAGACAUACAGUGAGGCAGUGUCAGAGACAUACAGUGAGACAGUGUCGGAGACAUACAGUGACAGUGUCAGAGACAUACAGUGACAGGGUCAGAGACAUACAGUGACAGGGUCAGAGACAUACAGUGAGACAGUGUCUGAGACAUACAGUGAGACAGUGUCUGAGACAUACAGUGAGACAGUGUCUGAGACAUACAGUGAGACAGUGUCAGAGACAUACAGUGAGACAGUGUCGGAGAUAUACAGCGGCAUUGUGUCAGCGGAACACUGUAACAAGAUGUGCUACAGGUUAUUAAGAAGACGAGGCGGUGUUCGGAUCUUGUUUCUCCUGGGCAUGGUACUCUGUUUUGCGUUUACAAGUGUGUCGAUAUUCAAGGUCCUUGACGAUUCCUACAUGCACGAAGGAAACAGGGAAUUACUGAACAAGAAUUUGAAAAGGAAACUCGAACCACUACAGCCUCCGCCCAAACACGACUCUCAUGGGGAAGCUCCGGGUAAAGCUGGCACCGACGAGGUGGAACCUACGUGGAAGAAAAAACCUUAUUCUCCUAAUGCAGUCUACAAACAUGGCGUCCUUGGCAACUACGAACCUAAACUGGACAUGAAUAGAACAGGACCAGGAGAAUACGGAGUUCCAGUUCCGGACGUGCCAAGCGAAAAGGAUUUAGUUGAGAAAACUGCCAGAGAAUUCGGUUUCAACAUGGUCAACAGCGACAAGAUAUCACUGGACAGAAUAGUUAAAGACAUGCGCCAUGAAGAAUGCAAGUAUUGGCACUACCCUGAGACGCUGCCCACAGCCAGUGUAAUCCUAGUGUUCCACAACGAGGGCUGGUCCACCUUCGUCAGAACGGUCCACAGCGUCAUCAACAUGUCGCCGCCGCAGCUGUUGAAGGAGGUCGUCCUGGUAGAUGACGGGAGCGACAAAGAACAUUUAAAAUCCAGGUUGGAGGAGCACAUGAAACAGUUUGGCGACAAGGUGAAGAUUGUGCGCAACCAAGCCAGGGAAGGCCUUAUUCAGGCUCGAACCAUCGGAGCCCGAGCGGCAUCAGGAGACGUUGUUAUCUUCCUGGACGCUCACUGUGAAUGCAGCCCAAACUGGUUACCUCCCUUGUUGACGAGAAUCGCUUACGACAGGACCAUCAUGGCCGCCCCUGUAGUCGAUGGUAUUGACUGGACUAGCUACGAGUAUCGGUCCUCGUAUCAAUCAAACCACUUCAGAGGCUUCUUUGAAUGGGGCUUCUUCUACAAGGAAGACCCCGUGCCCAAGAAGGAACUGGACAAGCGACAGCACGACAGCGAGCCAUAUUGGUCCCCCACCAACGCUGGCGGUUUGUUUGCGAUAGACAGAAAGUUUUUCUUCGAACUUGGAGCGUAUGAUCCGAACCUAAUGAUUUGGGGUGGAGAAAAUUUUGAACUUGCUUUCAAGGUGUGGCAGUGUGGCGGAUCGUCAGAAUGGGUGCCAUGUUCCAGGGUGGGGCAUAUCUAUCGUCAUUAUACACCAGACAGGAAGACCGUUAUUAAAACCAAACUUUCUCCAACCCACAUAAACUACAUCCGGGUCGUGGAGGUUUGGAUGGAUGGCAUCUUCAAGGAGUACUUCUACAGACGGGAGCCCCAGGUCCGGGGCUAUCCAGUGAAUAUCACCAAGGAACUCAAGUUUAGAGAAGACAAUCAUUGCAGGAGCUUCCAGUGGUUCAUAGACAACGUCGCAUACGAUAUAUACAACAGGUUCCCGCCUCCGGCUCCCAAUAAAGCCUGGGGAAGGAUCAAUUCGAGAAAGUCCAAUGGCACUCUAUGUCUCGAGUUCACGACUAGUCAUAAUAAAAAGAGUGCUCUCGGGGCCUACCCUUGUUCCAGUGCUAAUGCAAUAUUCAGACUGAAUACAAAGGGCCAGAUCGGGUUUGGGGAGCGGUGUGUAUUGGCGUUAGAUGACGGAGGUGUCACUCAGGAGUGGUGCAGUACUACAGAUCUCAGUGGCCCUUGGGACUGGAACGAGACAAGCGGUCACAUAUACAAUAAAGAUCGUAAAAAAUGUUUAUACCUCAACCCCAAUGGAUCGCUGGUGUUCAAGGAAUGCAACGACAAUGCAAUGGAGCAGAAGUGGGAUAUUACAGAAUAUUAUGCAUGGAAAUGAAACAACGGACUAUUUAUAAGUGGGUAAAUUGUGUACAUAUAACAAUAGACAAAAGCGAAACACCGUACUGUGAGACGAAACAAGAGGAAUGAAACAGACAAGAUACGUGGAUUCUUUCAAGGUGAAGCGUUCUGUCGAUAUCCUUCAUUACGUCACAGUUCAUUGUCCACUGUGAUGAAAAGUCAACGACGGCACUUGAAGUCAAGCCACCAUCUCUCAGUACGUCAUCAUCCAUCAUCGUCUCAUUUUGUUACAUGUUGCAACCAUCUCUGGAAUGUUUUAUCCAUCUGCGAAUGGCCUUAUCUUGGGUGCCUUGUAUAGUGUAAAUGCUUCUGAAGUGUGUUAAUAUUGUAUGUUCCCAUCGGCAGUAUUUCAGCCAUAUCGGGACUGUAAAUGCUUUGGUGGUCUCUAAAACUGGAUCUUUACACGAGAUAUAUGCCUGACUAAUAGGAACUAAAGGUGAUACACUGGUGAGGAACAUUAUGCUUCCCAAAGAUUACGUCUUCACCUAAUCUUGAAGACACGGGCUGUGUGCGGUCUA